GGACGCCACAAUCCCUUGUUUUCGACUCGAACUUGAAUGCCUCGAGGUGCACUACACCGGCUGAGCAGCCGACAGUUAUCCCAUAGACAUAAAUAGUUGUCUCCAUCUCGGUCCAUGGUCCAAGUAACAAAUCCACAUCUGAAAUCAAAGACCUAACCAUCCUACCAAAUCACUACCCAUCAACCACAAUGCUCAAGUCUGCUGUUCUUCUCAGCCUUCUUCUAGCGGCAGCAACUGCCUCUCCCACCCCCACCGAGGACCUCGUCCCUCGAGCCUGUGGCACACUGGGCCCAUCCGUCAUCGAUGUGCUCAGGGUAUCAACACCCGACAAUGCCUCUCCGGGCCAGCAAUUCACCGUCAGCCGCGCCGGGUAUCCCCCAUAUAACACCCAGAUCUCCGCCAUAACGUUCAACUACAUCCCCCAAAACGCAACAGGUUGCAUGCUGGAACUCGACAUCCCGGUCCUAUCUCAACCCAACCAGAUCGCCGAAGGCGCCACCCAGGUCGAUAUCUGGACUACUGACCCCUGGGACUGGUACUCGCUGCCGACGUACAACAGGCCCCCGAAGAGGAGGGAGAUGGUCGGCACGUACAUCUUCCCGACGCAGCCGACGACUACGGAAUCGAAGAGAAUCAUUGCCUCGAAUACAUGCUCGGAUCCCAUGAGCUUCCUGGUGGAGCUGAGUAACUGGCAGACGCAGAGUGGUAGUGUCAAUUUUUAUAAUACUCUGGGUGGAAAGCAGGGGAUUGUGCCUAUUGGGUUCAGGAUGAUCUUUAACUGUUAAUUUUGUCUUGUAUUCCGCGGCCUGUCAGAUACGAGUCGGGGGAGGUGAUGGGAUUAUGAUCUAGACAGCGCACAAGCGGCAGUCCACAGGUACAGAAACUGAAUUAUGUUACGUCAAAUCUUUAUGGUCCCAUCUGUUAUUUAUAGAUAAGUUGAGCAGACAUCAAUUGGAAAGAUCAGG